GGCCCGGCCCGCAGCUGCAGCAGAAGGGUGGUGGGUCUUGUUGCCCGCAGUUACCUAGCUGCUGCGGCCCUAGUGAGAUGGUGUAAUUGGGCCUGCGGGCUGGCGACGAGGCGGGGGUGAAACGGCCGGGGAGGGUGACGCCACCAGACGGGCUCGGGUGAACCGACAGCACGCUGAGGGGGCGUCGCCGUCACCGGCCCCGGCACAGCCGCGGGAGGCCGCACCCGCCAUGGCUGCCCAGACAGUGCUGGAUGAGUUCACGGCGCCUGCCGAGAAGGCGGCGCUGCUAGAGCAGAAUUGCGACCGCAUCGAGGGCCUGUUUGGAGUGAGCCUGGCCGUGCUGGGCGCGCUGGGCACCGAGGAGCCGCUGCCGGCACGCAUCUGGCUGCAGCUCCGCGGAGCGCAGGAGGCGGUGCACAGCGCCAAGGAAUAUAUUAAAGGCAUCUGUGAACCCGAACUAGAAGAAAGAGAAUGUUAUCCAAAAGCCAUGCACUGCAUUUUUGUUGGGGCACAGAGCUUGUUUCUGAAGAGCUUGAUUCAGGAUACCUGUGCUGACCUCUGCAUUCUGGACAUUGGUCUUAUAGGCAUCAGAGGGAGUGCCGAGGCUGUGGUCAUGGCUAGGAGUCACAUUCAGCAGUUUGUAAAGCUCUUUGAGAAUAAUGAGAACCUACCCGGCGGUCAGAAAGAAUCAGAGGUGAAAAGGAAAUUUAAACAAUUAGUUGAAGCCCGAGCCGACAUUUAUACCAUGGACUUGUUGAUUUUGCCUACUUCCUUGAAAAAAGAACUUUUGACUCUUACUCAAAGUGAGGAAAGUCUGAUUGAAACAGGAGAUGAUGAUGUUAUUGAAAUUAGAGAUCCUAAACAAUCAGAGUUUCCACAGAAUGUUGCCACAGGACUGAAUAAUUGCAGAGAUGAAAUUGUUUUGCAGGAAGAUGCAAGAAAUAAAGCUGGCACUCCUGUUUCUGAGCUUGCAAAACAAUUGGACAUAAUCUUUUCUAGUUCACCAGAUAUACUUCUUCCAGUAAAUGGCCUGCCCCCAGAUGAAGAGGCACUUUCCAAAGACAGAAUUUGUCACAAAAGGAGAUCUUCUGACUCUGAAGAAAGACAUACCAAGAAGCAAUUUUCUUUGGAAAAUGUUCAAGAGGGAGAGCUUUUACAUGAUGGUAAGACAUCAGCUGGAAGUGUCGUCAUCGAUCUAUCUGACUCUUCUGAUUCUGAACAUUUAAGUCCCGACGUAAAAGACACUACUGAGGAAAUGGAAUACAAUAUCCUCGUGAACUUUUUUAAAACCAUGGGCUAUUCCCAAGAAAUUGUUGAAAAGGUCAUUAGGGAGUUCGGGCCAUCUACUGAACCAUUAUUACUGUUGGAGGAAAUUGAAAAAGAAAAUAAAAGGUCCCAAGAAGACAGAGAAAUUUCACCUGGCUCAGUGUAUCCUGAGACCAACAGAACCAAAACUAAAAGUGUUUGUAGCAGCAUAAAUGAGCUUACAGUAGAUUCCUCUCCAAAGAAAACACAAGCUCACACAAAACAAAAUAUGAUAGAAAAAUUUUCUCAGUUACCAUUCAAAGCAGAAUUGAAACCAUGUACCUCAAAUUGCAAAAUUAAUACUAUCAAAACAGUGCCAACAGAACAGAAAGAAAUCUGGGGUUCAAACCAGAGCUACAUUUGUAACACAGACCUUGAAGCAGAUGGCCUUUCAUCCUCUGUUACCCCUGCAAGUCCCAAAGAAGUUUUUGUUUCAAGGGGAGCUUCAGUUCAUCAGCCCAGAAUUUCAGUUUUUCCUGAAAAUGGUUUGCAGCACCAAACAAAACCCUUGCUUCCAAAUAAUAUGAAAUCUACCCGUGAAAGCCGUUCAGGAUGUGGUAGCUCUCCUCAGUCUAAGCCAAAUUGUCCCCCUCUUUCUCCACCCAUGCGGCUGCCCCAACUACCACCUUCAGUUACUGAUGCAAGGUUGGCAGGACCAUCUGAUCAUAUUGAUUCCUCAGUUACAGGGGUUCAAAGGUUUCGAGAUACUUUAAAAGUACCCUACAAGCUGGAAUUAAAAAAUGAACCAGGGAGAACGGAUUUGAAGCACAUUGUUAUAGAUGGGAGCAAUGUUGCAAUUACACAUGGUUUGAAAAAGUUCUUUUCUUGUCGUGGAAUUGCUAUCGCAGUUGAAUAUUUUUGGAAGCUUGGAAACAGAAACAUCACUGUAUUUGUCCCUCAGUGGAGAACAAGGCGGGACCCGAACAUCACAGAACAGCACUUCUUAACCCAGCUUCAGGAGCUCGGAAUAUUAUCUUUAACUCCUGCACGGAUGGUCUUUGGAGAAAGAAUCGCUUCUCAUGACGACAGGUUUCUGCUACACUUAGCGGACAAAACUGGUGGCAUAAUUGUAACAAAUGAUAACUUCAGAGAAUUUGUGACCGAGUCUGUCUCUUGGAGAGAAAUUAUUACAAAAAGGUUACUACAGUAUACUUUUGUUGGGGACAUAUUUAUGGUUCCUGAUGAUCCUCUUGGAAGAAGUGGACCUCGAUUAGAAGAAUUUCUUCAGAAGGAAGUCUUUCUUAGAGAUAUGCAGCCUCUACUUAAUGCCCUGCCUAAUGUGGGCGUGUUUGACCCCAGCUUCAGAAGCCCUGGUGCCCAGGCAAGCAGCACCAGCCACCAGCCUCCAGCCCAGAUUCAGGGAGCACCCCCUCCAAGCCACUGGCUUCCUCAGCAGCCCCAUUGCCCACUCCUUCCCAAUGUCCAGCAGACCUUGCCUAUGCCAGCCCAGAGGUCUUCUGUGGAAACCAGUGAACUGAGGGACGCCCUUCUGAAGAUUUUCCCCGAUUCUGAGCAAAGACUGAAAAUCGACCAGAUUUUGGUGGCCCACCCGUACAUGAAAGAUCUGAAUGCACUCUCUGCCAUGGUGUUGGACUGAAGGAAGGCGUUGCAACAGUGUCCACAGGGGGCACUCAGGGUGGAUUGGUGGAAUUCGAGCCAGUCUAUCCCUGAUGAGAAGUACCAUAAUGUGAAGAUACCCAUUUCCCAGUGUCAACGCUGUUGAAUUGUAUUGAAAAAUCAUGUUUUCGAUAUAAAAGGAUCUGGUGUUCUAAAACCAGCUGUUUUCUACAUAUAAAUGAUGCUGCUGUUACAGAUUUACCAUUUUCUGUAAAAGGAAAGUCUACAUUUUCUGCCUGUUCAGAAUUGUUUAGUAGCAGUUUAUUCUUCAGUGUAUUUACAUUUUUAUGAUUUUUAAGCUAUUUUCCUGAAAGCUGAAAAUAUUGACAAAUGGAUAUGACUAGCCUUUCUAAAUAAAUAUUAAAAAAAAAAAAAAAAAUUUGCUUUCUUAAGGAAA